AUGGAUAUCUACCAAGUGAUGGUUGGGCUGGAAAAAUGCCCAGAGAACUAUGUGGAGGAGUAUGGAAGACAGCUCGAGCUGUUUAGCUCUCUUGUGAGGCUCCCAAAGCAACCGGGGAAGACUAUCCGGCAGACUCUUUCAUUUCUUCUUGCUUUCCCUACAAUCGACAAAAGGCUUUCGGAGACUCUUGUUUCAAGUGUGGAGACCAUCAAGUGCCACAAAAUAAAGCGAACUGUUGUUGAGAGUCUCUUUAGGCUUCGGAGAAGAGGACUAGUAAGCGGGGAGCAGCUCCUCAAGAACCUCAUGGAGCACCAUCCAGACCCCAAGUCGGUUCUGAAGAGGAUAAGGAGUCUUGUCUCGGAAGAGGAGGUUCCAUGUAUUUUAGAGUACUACAAAAAGGGAACAGACAAGCAAAGGAGCUUCUGCUACUAUCUGGUUGUAUAUCUGUUUAGAAAGGGGUGUGGUGUUCUCGAGAAGGAAGUGUGUGAAGGGCUCUUUGCAGAUGGAAAAGUGGGAAAGAUCUGCAGAAUGUACUUUCUGGACCAGAUAGACUUUGAAGAGGAGGGAAAGAAGGCCAUGGAGUUACUUAGUGCGGAGGCGUCAAGAUUUGGAAAGAUGCUAUUUGCAAAUCUUCAGGAAAAUAUGAUGGAGAGAGAAGAGAAGAUCAUGAAAAUGAAGAUCUAUGUUUUGUUCCGGAGCAGAUAUGGGCUGAAAGCCUCAGUUGCACGUGUAGCAAUGGGAAUGCUAAACCCCGAAAAAAGCGAUAUCAAGGACUUGAUGGAGAUCAUUGUGGAGGAGGUGACUGUGCAAGAUGUUCUUCGAGUGAUCGAUGUUGUAGGAAACUCGCUGUGCUCUGAGUUCAAGGACGACGACUUUGUAGUGUAUGGAUUGAACAUGCUGAGGGAGAUAUAUUGCAAGUUUGAUCCAGAAGCAGCAAGACUGAGAGACGAAGGGGGCGGAAAAGAAGACUCGGAGACACAGUCCCUUUCCAUCAGCGAGGACGGAGAGCGGAACGAAAAAAAAGAAGACGGAGUGGUUGAUAGGAUGAAAGAAAGGAUUUCAAAGUAUAUAGAAUGUUUCAAGGGAUCGAAGAGCAAGAGCAUAUCUUAUGGAUACAUGUCUGUUGUCAAUGUGAUGAGACACAGGAAGUAUUGCGGGAGGAAUCUUGAGUUUAUCCGGCGGAAGGCAAGCAAGGAGGAGAGAGUGGAAUCGAUGAAGGGAGGGAGAGACAAGAAAGAGAAAUACUGCGGAGGAAAGCAUUCGAAGGGGAGAAGAAUAAGCAGGAGAAAGAAGAGUAGUAAAUAA